UUUACAAGAUGGGCUAUAUUUAUAUUAAUAUUUGAACGCUUUUAUCUUGUUCUUAAGGUUGUAUUUUCAUGUGGGGACUAACUUGGUUCUCUAUAUCUUUUAAUCUGUGUGUCUAAGUGACAGGAAAGACAGUAGAUAGAGCUGAGGAUCUGAGGUGUGAAAGGCACUUUUCCUCUUUAGUUAGCGGCAAAAACAUAAAAAGAAAACAUUAGAAAUAGGCUUGUGAUGCAGGUUAUAGUUUGUCCUCAUAGAAACAUACAGCACGUGAUCGACAUACAAGCCUGUUUGUGAACUUAUGUCACUGUAAGGAGCAACCUCGUUAUUUAGUUGAGGUACAAGAGAUUAAUAGCUGUAACCCAGUUUAUAGAAGGUGUGUCCAGUUAUAAUAUGACACAGAAAUACUGGUACAACCAGUUUGCUUGUGUGGGUGGGUGUUUUGCCUUGCAGCGUCAUUAUUCAUGGGUGGAGUUGUGCAACUGGCAGCAUUUUGAAACCAUUAAGUGUCUAUAAAAUGAAAGAUACCCACUUACAGAGGAGGAAGAGAGAGGACUGCAUCCUCCCACAGGAUUGAUUGAUAUCCUCAGAUUCCAUUUCCUAGAAAGUGAAAGUGAAAGUGAAGAUAUUAUAAAGCUGACGAGGAAGACAAACACAACAGAAACCCACCCACAUUUACAACGGAAGCUUCUCAAACACAGGCUGAGACGAGUGAAUUAUGAACAGAGAGGACAGUCUGACUGAAGCGGUGCAGCGUCUCCAACGCCCCACACCUGCAAGACAAAGACAGAAAGUUCAGCAACAACAACAAGCAGAGGAGGGAUCCACAGAGGUCGAGGAGCCGGUGUCCCUCUCCCCAGAGCUGGCCUCCUGGAUCAAAUUCAACGCUAAAGACCUGAAGAUCCGUCAGACAGACCGCCGCUGGGCUGCAGAGGUGGUGAACGAUUUCCGAGAUAGCCUCCUGAAAUUCCUGCGGAGCAACAGUGAUCAACCUUUCUUCCAGUCAGGAGACUUCCUCACCACCGGCAGCUACUUUGAGAAAGUGAAGAUCCACAACCCCGAUGAAUUCGACAUGAUGCUGAAGCUUCAGGCUCCUUCACGCAUCAACAUGACGAAGAUCGACGGCGGCCUCUUCUACCGGCUCGAUUUCGCCCGCCACGCUCGGAGCCCCGUACAAGCCUUCCUUCUGGAGAACCAGUGCACAAUCUCAUCAAGCAAGAUCCUGACUGAGAUGUUUCGCCUGGUCCGCAAGUUCCUGAAGACCUACCGAGUUCCGGUUGAAGACUUUCGCUGGGAGGUGAACAGGAAGCGGCCCUACUCGCCGGCUGUGACUUUAUCUCUGUUCAAGACUGACAACAACAUUGACGAGCUGAUCUCAGUGGAUGUGGUUCCUGCUCUGGAGGUUCACCCCUCUCAGGGCUGGCCGGUCGCCGUCCGUAAUGGCCCAGAUGUGGAGAACUGGCUGGGAAAGAAGGUUCGCCAAGAAAUCAAAAGUUUACCGUGUUACUUUGUACCGAAGAGGAUCAAAGGACGAAACCUCAGCGAGGAAGACAAAGAAAGUUGGAGGAUUUCUUUCUCUCACAUUGAGAAGAAAAUCAUCACGUGCCAUGGCAACAAGAAAACCUGCUGCGAGAGCAACGCCACCAAAUGCUGCCGUAAACGGUGCUUAAUGCUCCUCAAGUCUCUGAUUCAGGGCCUGAAACAGCGUUUUCCUAAAGAGCUGGAUGACCUCUGCUCGUACCACGGGAAAACUGCCUUCCUCCACAUUCUGUCCAUCAGGUUCAACGACUCCAUGUGGGCUCCUCAGCAGCUUCCUUCCUGCUUCCUGCUUCUCGUCAGGGCUCUGGAGGACCACGCGCGCAGAGGCAGCCUCCCUCACUUCUUCGUUCCAUCGUGCAACCUCUUCUGCCCGACCGUCUUUCCCCGCAGAGCGCUGGCUUUCCUCGUCAGCGCCUUGGAGGAGCAGAGGAGGGAGGGCCUGCCCCUGCUGAAGCCUCCAGCUCCUGUCCCACCACCGAGAUCAAUCUCUCCUCCACCACCAGCAGCAGCAGCAGACUCCUCCACAAAGACACCCGCCAAUGUGUCGCCCAUCGUGACUCUAGUUCACUCUCUGGACGCUGGAUUGAAUAGACUGAUCAUAGUGCUCUUUGUGGCUGUGUUUUGUGUUCUGUUUUGUAUGUCAGUGAUGGUAAAAGAGGACGAAUAUGUGAAAUAUAUCUAAUGAUAAAGAGCAUUAUCGCUGAUUGGCUGAUGAAGAGAAACAGAAUCAGUGCAUAUAAUAGUCUUCAUAGAGAGAUAUUGUAAUUUUAAUUUAUCAGUGACAUAAAUAAUCUAACUUUAGUUAGUUAAUAUCAUAUUUUAAAUGGUGAUAAAGAGGGAUUUAAUAAUGUAAUGUGAAAGGAAAAGAAUUAUCCUUGUGUUUCCCUUUAAAGCAGAUUGUUUCAGAUAUGGUUUUAAUACAGAUUCUUGUAGAUCUUUUAUCAGAAACAGUUUGAUAUCACCUCUGUGCAAUACAUGUUUUGUAUAUUUGGUUAAAUCAAAGUCACCUUUUUAUUUUAAUGUAAAGUGUUUUGUUAUUGUGUUGCAUUUUUUUUUGUCAUUUUGUCUUUCCAUUUAUAGGAUUAUAUUCAGACAGUUUCCUGAAUAAACAAAGGUCUUAAAUGAAA